CGCGGCGCGAGCAGGGCCCGCCGACCAACCGGAGUCCAGGAACCUCGCGGGAGCGUUUCUGCUGCACCGACGCUUUCCAUCGGAUACCCCGCGCCAACCGCGUUCAGCAGCGAACCGUUGCAUCUGCAGAAAACUCCGACAUGGUACUCGGACUGAACUUCGACCUGCUGGACCAGCUGAGCUUCUAUGGCGCCUACCACAGGCAUCCCGUGAACAAGGCGAUCCACCUGGUCUUCGUCCCGUGCAUCAUAUGGAGCGCCCUGGUGUGGAUGGCGGGGUACGUGCCGGAAGCGGCGGAGGGUGUGUCGCUCGCGGGCGCGUUCAGAGCCAUCGGGGUGCCGCGAUUCCUCGCGUCCGCCGCGGUCCCGAACCUCGGCGCGCUCGCGCUCAUCGCGUACUCCGCGUACUACGUCGCCCUGGAGCCAAUCGCGGGAACCUCAUGGUUCGUGAUGUGCGGCCUGCCGAUGUGGCUGAGCGCGUCGUGGUUCGAGAGCGCGGUGGGGUGGGACGCGGCGUGGCGAUGGGCGCUGGCGUUGCAUCUGCUCGCGUGGUACGCGCAGAUCCACCCGGGGCAUGCCGUGUUCGAGAAGAGGCGGCCCGCGCUGCUGGACAGUUUGGCGCAGAGCCUGGUGCUCGCGCCGCUGUUCGUGUGGAUGGAGGUGAUGUUCGCGUGCGGAUACCGGCCGGGUCUGCGGAGCGACGUCGACCGAAGGGUCAAGCGCGCGGUGGAGGAGCGGGAGCGGGGAGGAGCCAAGGACGAUUGACGCAUGCCGACGCAUGCUGACGAGUUUCGGGUCGGGGCGCGUCGAUCGACGAUGGAUUGAGUUGGUUGAAUCGACGACGCGCCAGUACGUCGCGUGCAGCGUGCGAUGACGGUGUUCGAGACGUGAAUAAAAAAUAGACGGAGAGACGGCCGAGUUCAAUCUACCAUGAUACAUCGUC